AAAAGAUUAGCUCUCAGGUAGCAAAGCAAGAAUUACAUCGAGCAACGAAAUAAAAAAAAAUCAGUCAAAAUGGAAGCUAUCAAGAAGAAGAUGAUGAUGUUGAAACUCGACAAAGAAAACGCAAUGGAUAGAUCUGAACAAUCUGAAGUUGACAAAAAAUCAAUGGAAGACAAAGUCGGAAAGCUUGCGGAAGAGCUUUUAACUCUGGAGAAACGAUUCAAAGCAACCGAAGACGACUUGGAGGGUGCAAAAGAAAAACUUAAACAAAGCCAAGAGUGUCUCGAUUCAGCUGAAAAGAAAGCCAGCGAUGCUGAGCAAGAGGUCAAUGCUUUGAACAAGAAGAUUGCAAACUUUGAAGAUCAACUGGAAAGUGGCCAGGAAAAAUUAGCGAUAUCUCAACAAAAACAAGAAGAUGCUGAGAAAGCUGCCGAUGAAAGCGAACGAGGACGUAAGGUUAUUGAAAAUCGAACCAUCAAAGACGAAGAAAGAUUAACUCAACAAGAAGUUAAUUUAAAGGAAGCCAAAGAAAUCGCAGAAGAUGCUGACCGUAAAUAUGAAGAAGUCGCGAGAAAAUUAGCCGCGACUGAAACUGAUCUCGAGAGGGCAGAAGAGAGAUUCGAGCUUGCUGAAAGCAAAGCUACAGAGCUUGAAGAAGAACUAAAGAAUGCUGCUAACAACUUGAAAUCACUUGAAGCCGCUGCUGAGAAGUUUUCUUCAAAACAAGUACAAUAUGAGGAUGAAAUUAAAACACUGAAUGACAGACUAAAAGAUUCCGAAGACCGAGCUGAAACCGCAGAAAAAUCGGUAUCAGAACUUGAAAGAACAAUUGAUGAAUUGGAAGACGAACUUCACAGUCAAAAAGUCAGAAUGCGAGAUGUCAAUGAAAAUCUGGCAGCUUAUUAGUUUGUGUGUCGAAUUCCUGGAACGUUUUAUAAAGCUCUACAAAAAUUGAUUAUUGAUGUCGACGUUUUUUAUUUAUGAUAAAUUUAUACAGCCUUCCAUGCCAUUUGGAGUACAGAAACAAUACUGUACUGGUAACUAAAGAUACUAAUGGCAAAUAUAACGUUACUCGGCAUUAUGUAGAGAUAAUGCAUGAUGUUAUUUUUCGAAAUAAUUUAUUUUUUGUCUGCAACUUUCAUGAUGAAAUUGUCUAGGUUUUCCAAAAUGCGUGAUGAAUAAAUUUUGAUUUCAACUGCUUUAUUGAACUUGUUUUAAACUUUUAUUAUCAUUUCAUUUUUAUUUGAAUAAAUGGAAACUGCAAAAUUU